AUGGCUUCCAUCCUCGCCUCCCAAGUCAUCCGUCCCUCCAUCCGUCACUUCUCAGCCCACCGUCCUCGUCCCGACUCUCGCGCUGCGCGCGCCGUCGCCAUGGGUUGCAUUGUAUCCGGUGUGGUACUGCCAUUUGUCCCACCUGCUCUGGAAAGCUCCCGACAACGGAGCUCAGGAAUAGCUACUAGCGCCAAGUAA